AAAGUCUCUCCCUUUGAAUUUUGAUUCAUCGUCGUCUUCUCUCUCGCCAUCAGAUCCUAAAAAAUCCCUAGUUUUUUCACGUUUGUCGUUCAUCAAUGGCUGCUUCAGUUGCAUUCUCCAUUUCAUCUCAACCUUCUGUUGUUUUUUCCUGCAAAAUUAGUAGACCAUCUUUCUGGGUUUCCUCCAAAUGUUCCAAACCUGUCUCCCUUAGUGCCUCCGCGUUUUCCGUCGACAAGCCCUCGAUUUCUGUCUCCGAGGAAUCCCCACUUCGGACAAAGACAAGCAAGUGGCAGUGGAAGUUCAAGGAAAACUCUAUCAACAUUUAUUAUGAAGAACAUGAGAAAGAGGGAUCCGAAUCAUCCAAGAAUAUCCUCAUGAUACCAACGAUAUCGGAUGUUAGCACGGUCGAGGAGUGGAGAUCUGUGGCUAGGGACAUUGUACAGCGUGACGGGGGAUUCAACUGGCGGGCAACUAUUGUAGAUUGGCCUGGUCUCGGAUUUUCCGAUAGGCCAAAGAUGGAUUAUGAUGCAGAUGUCAUGGAGAAGUUUGUGGUUGACUUCGUCAAUUCGCCUGAGAGCCCAGUAGCCCAGGCAGGCAAUGACUUGGCAAUCAUCGGGGGAGGGCAUGCAGCAACUCUAGCUGUUCGUGCUACCAAACGUGGGCUACUAAAACCAUCAGCCAUUGCCGCUGUUGCACCUACUUGGGCUGGACCGCUUCCUAUCGUUUUUGGCCGAGACGAUAGCAUGGAAACAAGGUACGGUCUCCUGAGAGGAACCCUAAGGGCUCCGGGGGUCGGAUGGAUGAUGUACAACAUGCUUGUAAGCAACGAGAAAUCGAUACAGUCUCAAUACAAAUCCCACGUUUAUGCGGACCCUAGCAACGUCACAGACCGCAUAAUCCAAAGCAGAUACGAUCUGACGAAGCGAAAGGGCGCCCGGUAUGUCCCUGCGGCUUUCUUGACGGGCCUUCUCGACCCCGUUUCGUCCCGGGAAGAGUUCCUUCAGAUUUUUGCCGAGUUGGAAGGUAAAUUACCGGUUCUUGUCAUGUCGACGGAAGGAUCUCCGAGGAGAUCAAAGGCGGAGAUGGAGGCACUCAGAGGGGCCACAGGAGUGAGUAAAUUUGUGGAAGUUGAAGGUGCUCUCUUACCUCAAGAAGAGUAUCCUUCCAUUGUCGCCCAAGAGCUUUACAACUUCCUGCAAGAGAGUCUUGGUCCUAAGUAAAUUGGAGCCACUAUUUACCAUUACCAAUGCCAAUAUACAGGGUUAUUUUAAUUUCU